GCUAGGAGACCUACAUGUUUCUGAAACCAUUCACCAUGGAAGAAGCCCAGCAAACACCUCACAUUGUGUUUCUACCUUCACCAGGUAUGGGUCACCUUAUCCCACUUGUUGCAUUUGCAAAGAGACUUGUUCACCUCCAUGAUUUCUCUGUCACCUUUACCAUCCCAAACAUUGGUUCUUCCCCUAAAGCCCAGAAAGCAGUCUUUGAUGCUCUCCCCAAAAGAAUAAAUUCAAUAUUUCUUCCUCCAGUUAACCUUGAUGACCUUGAUGAAGAUGUAAAGAUUGAGACCCGUAUCUGUCUCACUCUGUUCCGUUCCAUCCCUGCUUUUCGUGAGACAUUGAAGAACUUGAUCACCACUACUAGGCUUGUUGCUUUAGUGAUUGAUCCCUUUGGUACUGAUGCUUUGGAUGUGGCUAGGGAAUUCAAUGUUUUGCCUUACAUCUUCAUUCCAACAACAGCUAUGAUGGUAUCAUGGCUCUUCCUUUUGCCCAAAUUAGAUGCAAUUUACUCUUGUGAGUACCGAGAUCUUCGUGAACCGGUUUCGAUUCCUGGGUGCUUACCUAUUCAUGGACGAGAUUUCCUGGAACCAGCACAAGAUAGAACAGAUGAGGCCUACAAAUUGCUUCUAUACCAUUCCAAACGUUACAAAUUAGCUGAAGGUAUUAUGUUAAAUACCUUCAUGGAUUUGGAACCAAGGGCUAUCAAGGUCUUGAAAGAAGGGGAAUUCCCAGGUAUUCCACCGGUCUACCCGGUUGGACCACUCAUACAGAAUGGUUCAAGUGAUGGAGCUAGUGAGUCUGAGUGCUUGAAGUGGUUGGAUGAUCAACCCCAUGGAUCAGUUCUUUUUGUAUGUUUUGGGAGUGGUGGGGCUCUUUCAUUUGAGCAAAUGAAUGAAAUGGCCUCAGGGUUGGAACUAAGUGAGCAAAGAUUCUUAUGGGUUGUUAGGAGCCCUUCUCAAAUAGGAAUGGGUACAGCCUACUUUAGUGACCAAAGUAUUGAAGACCCAUUUCCUUUCAUGCCCAAAGGUUUCUUGGAGAGGACUAAAGGGAGGGGACUAGUGGUUCCUUCAUGGGCUCCUCAAACCCAGGUGCUUAGCCAUGUUUCAACAGGAGGGUUCUUGACCCAUUGUGGGUGGAACUCAACAUUAGAGAGCUUAGUAAAUGGUGUGCCCUUGAUUGCUUGGCCACUCUAUGCAGAGCAAAAGAUGAAUGCAGUGAUGCUGGUGGAAGAUAUAAAGGUGGCAUUGAGGCCUAAAGUAGGAGAGGAUGGUGUAAUAAGGAGGCAAGAGAUUGGAACAGUCGUGAAGAGCUUAAUGGAAGGGGAAGAAGGGAAGAAGGUCCGGUACAAGAUAAGAGAGCUCAAGGAUGCUGCUGCUAAGGUUUUAAGAGAAGAUGGGUCUUCUACAAAAUCUCUCUUGGAGGUGACACACAAAUGGAAGACCUACAUGAGGAUAUUGUAG